CAUCAGCACAAGCACAGACCGGCAACAUUGUGAAGUAGUGAUGUGCACUGUGUUUCCCGCUCGAAAUUUCGUAGCAGAUGAGAGCAAGCCAGCAAGAGGCAAGAGCAUCGAAUUUGAGCAGGUCGCUCAGCACAUGGAUUUUUGAAGUGGUUUACGAAUUUGGAUUUUCGAUUCGGACUCUGCUGGAUCAUUGCUCGACUCGACAGCUCUUUUCAAGUUUCUGCGUACAAAUUUCAAACCAAAGCAUCAAUCAUCCUGCCCAAAGACUGGAAGAUUUUGAGAAGAGAUCGAGAAAAUUGCCUUCGCCCUUUCGCUGAUGAGGUGAAAUGGCAGAACCACAAAAAGCCGUCGGUCUUCGAAAAAGACGAAAUUCUGGAGUUGCGUCAUCUUCAACUGCCGUCUCGAAGAAACAAAAAGAUGGCUUAUGUUCUGAAUGUGGUGCUGACUUGGCUCUCGCAGAAGCAAUUUCUGUAGAGGGUGAGGGUGAUGAUGAAGUUAUUUCUCUUCACACCUUUUCGUCAAAAGUACCCCCUGAAUCACUUCAUCCAUUCAGUGAUGAUGAGUUGCCUUACUUCAGUAUUGAAAAUGUCAGAUUUUUCUGCGGAAAUUUCCAUAUCUGUGGAUUAGACCAGGGUCUAGUAGAGAAAGAUAGGAUAAUGUACAUGUCUGGAUACUUGCGAGAGUAUAAUCGCUCUGCCCCAACAAACACCACAGAGGGCCCAUUCAUCAACCUGUCCAGCAAAAUCCAUGAGUGGUUCACAAGUGGGCUUGGUUCUUCAGAGAUCUUCUUGAAUGUGUUUACUGAGUAUGGCCAUUACAAAAUCCUCUCCUUUGACACAAAGACUGAGCCAUUGGUCAAGAAAACUCUAAACAAGAUUUACUGGGCCAAUCACUUUUUAAGAUCCUUGACGACCAUGGAUGGCACAACUCUCGAUGAAAUGAUCGGGAAUUUUUCCCCUACAGGACCAAUGGCUCACCUGCUGGAUAUGCCAACUAUCGAAGAUUUCGAAGAGAAUGGUCUGUUUAUCUACGAUCAGAUCGAGAAUUACGUACUCGAACCAAAUGAAGAUGGCAGCGACGAUGCCCAUCUUUUGGAACAAGAAAGCUUUAAGGCAUUCUGCGACUUAGCUGCACUGACUUUCAAACGGAAAAAGAAGAAGAAGAAGAAUCGAAAUUUUAGGAUAGAAAAAGUGCCAAUGAGCACCAAAGCUACCAACACUCCCCUAGUCUAUGAAGUCUUCUCUAGGACAUUAGGGGAAACAAAGGAGAUGCACCAAGAGAAAGAGAAUGUUUUCAGCAAAGUGAACACAAAGGUUUUCAGCAAAUUGGACAAACCUGGUAAAAUCAGAGAUGCAUCUGUGCAGUUACCAACAGACUUUGUCAUGUUUACGAAUGAGAAGUCCCUUAAAUAUGGGGGAACAGAGUUGAAAGCACCUUAUGUCGGGCGUGUCAUUGGCAAAAAUGGUGACUUCUGCCAUAUCCAGCUGUUCAUGAAAAGCUCGAAAUCCUUUUUGGGAGAAAUUGCUGAGAAAGAGGAAUAUUUUGGAACUCGUUGGUGCGCUGAUGUUCCAAAUUCAAAUAUCAUCACCCACCUGCCACAACUGAAACACAAGACUGAUUUCGAUACACAGAUGAACAAAAGUGGAAUGGAGUUUUACCAAAUGAGGUAUGAUGCAGAGAGUGGAGCCUUAACAUAUCUGGAACCAAGAAUGGGGCCUAAUUGUGAUUUGUGCGAAGAAAAGAAGAAAAUAGGAUUAGAACAGAUGGUCCAGUUGAAAAGCUUCGGCUUUGAGUACAAAGGAAACACUUACGGUGUUGGUUCAUAUGCUCUUACCAAGAGACUUGCCUCUCCUAUCCCUGACCAAAAUCCAGCCAAAACGGACAAAACAAGACGUUUUAACGGUUUUGACCCUAAGUUGUGUCCAGAGAUGUACCGUCUGGCCAAGAGUAGAACUGUGGAGAAAGAAUUCUCGGUUUUAGGAGUUUGUGAGAUUUUGGAGUAUACAACCAAAGGGAACAAAGUACCACUCCAAGCUAAGGAUGUGAAGCUGAAAGUUAGGAUUUUUAGAAGACCGAGCGAAACGAAUAAUACAAGUUGUCCCCAUGAGCUGUACUACACAGAAGAGAAGAAAUAUAUCUUGGCAGAUGAGAUCUAUGGUCCAGCCUUUGUGGCUUACGAAGGUCGCCUGCCUGAUAAAAAUAAAUGGGUUCAGGCAGGUGACAGCAGAUUCUUCUAUUCCAAGGAAUACUCUUUGCAUACCAAAACACCUAAGGAGGUACCUGUUGAAGCAACAAAAUCCAAUGGCUGCAUUGACCUGGAGACACGGAAACCUGUUGGCGCACCAUGUUACAAUUUUCCAACCAAGAAACUAGACACAAUGGACCUCUUCUCUGGGUGUGGCGGUUUCUCAUUUGGGCUACAUGAGGCAGGAUUGUGCAACAGUAAAUGGGCUGUCGAGUUUGACCCUCAUGCUGCCCAGGCGUACAGUAAAAACUUCCCACAUGCAACAGUUUUCAACGAAGAUGUGAAUCUGAUGUUGGCCAACAUGAUGGAGGGGAAGAGUAAGAACUCCAAAGGUCAAGCAUAUCCAAGAGAGGAUCAAGUGCAGAUGAUUGUGGGAGGUCCACCGUGCCAAGGAUUCUCAAACAUGAAUCAGUAUACCAAAGGACAGGCAGCUUUGUUCAAAAACUCUCUGGUGUCUACUUACUGCAGCUUCCUUGAUUUUUUGAGGCCAAAGUACUUCAUUUUUGAAAACGUGAAGAACUUUGCUUCUGCUCAGCAGAGUAGAUAUCUGAAGACAGUCAUUGCAUGCUGCUUGAAGAUUGGCUAUCAAGUGCGAUUUGCUAUACUACAAGCAGGGGCGUACGGAGUGCCACAGGCUCGCCAGAGGAUCAUUAUCCUGGGUGCUCUCCCUGGCAACAAGCUGCCUCAUUUCCCCAAAAUAACUCAUGUUUUGAACCACAGGACGCACACUCUCACUGUGGAAGGCCAGCUGAUUACAGAUGGCACAACCAUCGUCAGCCAAAAGUGCAGGGACGCACCGUUCAGAUCCGUGAAUGUUUAUGAUGCCAUUUCAGACCUACCAGACAUUCCUAGCAAUGGUGAAGAGGACAUAAAAUGCUCGUACUUGCAGUGCAAGUCUACCUUCCAAGCAUAUGCUAGAGAGCAUUCGGAAAAGUUGACGGACCAUGUAACCAGAAAGCUGUCGCCUCUCGACAAAGCCAGGGUAUCUUUGGUUCCUCCCGGAGGCGACUGGCGAUAUCUGCCAAAUAUAGAAGUUAAAUUGUCUGAUGGAUCUAAAACAACCCCUCUCAAGUACAUUCAAAGAAACGGCAUUAAAGGUGUUUGCCCUUGCCAGUUCAGCCAAGAGAAGGGCAAGCAAAAGCCUGAUUGCACAAGAGAAAAGACUAAGACCGUCAUUCCUUGGUGCCUCCCUCACACCGCAGAUAGACACGCUCAAUGGGCAGGAUUGUACGGACGACCAAGCCCAUUUGAGCCAUUCAAGACGACAGUCACUGCUCCUGAGCCAACAGGAAAGCAGGGCACUGUAGUGCAUCCGAAACACAACAGAUGCUUCUCUGUUCGUGAAUAUGCAAGAUCUCAGGGGUUCCCUGACCAUUUUGAGUUUAGUGGACCUCUGGCUGCCAAAUACCGCCAGGUUGGCAAUGCCGUCCCUCCGCUGCUUGCAAAGAAGAUCGGCUUGUAUUUUCCUUAAGCUGAGGACUGAAGCAGGCUGUAGAUCCGUAAUAGGUAUUUCCUCUUAAUUAAUUACCUUGAAAUGUCUGCUCAGGAAAAAGUUAGAUGAGUGCUCUAUAAGAGGAUCUGACUGAAUAGUCAUUAUGAAAAUUCUUGGUAUUUAUAUAAUAUAUGCUCAAUUAAAACAAGAUGAAAAAUUUUCUUUAUUAAUUGCAUUGUUAUUAAGGCCUAUGAACCUGUCAUUACUUGCUUGGGAUAAAUAAAAACAUUUAAUUCUAACAGCUAGCAGUCGAUUUUUAAUUUUUUGAGAAUCUGAUUUUAAAUAUUUGAACUUCUAUGAAAA